CAGCGAACAAAGCACCAAACGAAGAUGAAGACUCCCUCUGCCUUCUUACUGGUACUGAUAUUCUGCCAUCUUUGCAGAGCUCAGAAACACAGCGGUGACUAUGACAUCUUGCAUCAGGCUCCUGAUGUUGAGAGCGAUGAAGAGAAGGCUCAGACGCAGAAGCCCGGGACUGAAGCUGAUGAAGAGCUGGUGCUGCAGUCUGACAUCUGGGUUGAGCUGAGGAGACUGAGAGACAUGGUGGUGGCGCAGAAAGUCGAGCUGACGCACCUGACAGCCAGUGUAACAGCUGCUGAGACACUGGUGGACGCCUUGGAGAAGGAGAAUACAGCCAUGGAGGUCAGGAUGACCGCUGCUGAGAGCUUGGUCGAGGAACUGCACAUGGAGAAUGAUGUUCAAGCUACAGAGCUUGCAGUCUCUCAGCAGAAGCUCAGCACUCUGCAGCAAAGACUGACAGUCAGUGAACGCCACGUGGAGGAGCUGGAGAGACAGCAGGAAGGACAAAAUGCUGCACUGCAGGAACUUCAGAAUACCAACAAAGCGAGGAAACUGGCUUUUUCUGUCUCCCUUCUGGCAUCUGGUGAAGGAAACACAAAGAACACAGAUUGGGCUCCACUCAUCUACAAAAAUAUCUUUACCAACAUUGGAAACCACUACAACCCAAACACAGGUUACUUCACUGCACCAGUAAGAGGAGUGUAUUACUUCAGAUUUACUGGCCAUGGAGCACACAGUGAUUAUUCUAUGAAAAACAGACUUUUCAAGAACGGACAUCCCACAGUUACAGCUGCUGACCGUUACACCACGAGUAUAGAUGCUGAGGACAACGCAUCCAAUGGUGUAGUGUUGCAGUUAGGAGUGGGAGAUGUUGUCUCGGUAAAUAUUGAGGGAGAAGUUUGGGAUGACCACUAUCACAGAACAACCUUCAGCGGAUUUCUGCUGUUUCCUCUUUAAGAUGUUACAGUUGCCAACAUGAGAAUGAAAAUAAAAACAUUUUUAUUCAUCUCCUCA